CCAUUCUUCUCUCUAUUUCAGUAGUUCUUUCCUUUUCCUUUCCUUCUUCAGUGUCCUCAGCAAUGGCGAAAGCAAUGCUCCUGUUGCCGCCAUUGCUAUUCGUUGCUGUUCUUACCUUCAGUGAAGGGGUUAGUUUUAAGACGGUCCUCAGGCUGCAACAGUUUCACUGGGAAGAGAAAUGGGAUGUCUCAAGAUGUCUUUCUCCGAAAUCAAGAAGGGAGAAUGGGGCAGCUAUAUUGGAAAUUAAGCACAGAGACAACUGCCAGGGAGAGCCUGUAGACUGGAACAAGAAGUUGCAAGAACGCUUAAUUCUGGACGAUCAGCGUGUUCGGUCAUUUCAAUCCCGGGUGAAGAACAUGGUUUCCGGGAACAUAAAAGCAGUUUCCAACACUGAGAUCCCUUUAACUUCCGGAGUGGACCUCGGUAUUCUGAACUAUAUUGUUUCAGUGGAGCUAGGGGGUCAAAAGAUGACAGUGAUCGUUGAUACUGGAAGCGACUUGACAUGGGUUCAAUGCCAGCCAUGCAAAAUGUGUUACAACCAGAGAGAUCCUCUCUUCAACCCUGCAACAUCAUCUUCGUAUCAGACUGUCUUGUGCAAUUCAUCGACUUGUCAGGAUUUCCAGGUUGUUAUGGGGAACAGAGGAGCAUGCGGCAGCACCCCAACAUGUGACUAUGUUGUCAGCUAUGGGGAUGGAUCCUACACUCGCGGCGAGCUUGGCCGGGGACAUCUCAACCUUGGCAAUGGCUCCCAGGUAGGUGUGGACAAUUUUGUAUUCGGCUGCGGCAGGAACGAUAGGGGUCUCUUUGGUGGAGCUUCAGGUCUUAUGGGUCUUGGAAGGAGUUCCAUCUCUUUGGUUUCUCAAACUGCUGCAUUAUUUGGAGGUUUCUUUUCCUAUUGUCUGCCUGCAACAGACAAUGGGGCUUCAGGUUCAUUGAUUUUGGGUAGAAACUCCUCUGUUUACAAGACUUCAACUCCAAUUACUUACACCAGAAUGAUCCCAAAUCCACAGCUUUCCACAUUCUAUUUCCUCAACCUUACCAGCAUAACUGUCGGUGGGGUGGCUCUCCAAACUCCAAGCUUUGGAAAUGCUGCGAUGCUAAUAGAUUCUGGAACAGUAAUUACAAGGCUGCCGCCAACAAUCUACAAGGCGUUCAAGGCAGAAUUUCUGAAACAAUUUUCUGAGUAUCCUACUGCUCCAAGUUUCUCAAUCUUGGAUACUUGCUUUAACCUCAGUACAUACCAAGAAGUGGACAUUCCUACAAUUAAACUGCAAUUUGAAGGUAAAGCUGAGAUGACCGUGGAUGUGAAUGGAAUCCUUUACUUUGUAAAGACUGACGCUUCCCAGGUUUGUUUGGCUCUAUCAAGUCUUUCGUAUGAGGAUGAGGUUGGGAUCGUUGGCAAUUAUCAGCAAAGAAACCAAAGGGUCAUAUACGACACUAAGAAGUCUAAGUUGGGGUUUGCCCCUGAAAGUUGCAGUUUCACAUAAGCAAGGGGAACUGUAAGGCUUUUCAGGAUAUAUACCACUUCAAAGCGAAGUCAAAUUAUCUAUUGGCAAUGAUAUCUACAGCUAGUAGUUUUCCUCUAUUCAUAUCAUAAUAACUACCGAUAACUGCACUCUGGCAGAGGUGUGCUUAA